AUGCGCAUCCAUACGAACAAACUAACAUUCACGAAAUGCUGGGGAACACGCACAGUCCCUGCUGCUGCUGCCCGUGUUGGUGUGGCGGUCAUCACUGCUGCGGCGGUGGCGGAAACUGUUGCGGAGGCUGCCAUGGUUGUUGCGGUCAGUGCGGUGGAGGACACCAAGGCUGCUGUCGUCAACAUCACUCUGAGUACAGCCGAUGCGAUUGCUGUGAAGGAUGUUGUGGAGGCCAUUGCGGCCAGUGCGGUCAGUGCGGUGGCUGUGGCCAUUGCGGUAAUUGUAAUCAUUGUUGCGGCGGAUGUGGCUGUGGCUGUUGCUAGGCCUCAACCUCUUGUAGAUGUCAGGUGCCCACCAUAG